AUGGCCUGGGACAAACUCACCCUCGUAACCAAAACCCUGCCGUGGUUCCUCCCCUACCUCCUCCGCGCCAGCAUCCACCGCAUCACCGCGCUAUUCCACAAAUAUAGCUACAAGCCCACCGAAAACGCGCAACAAGUCGUCGUAAUCGGCGGCUCGUUUGCGGGCCUCCAACUCGUGCGCCACUUAACCGAAUCCCUACCCACGGGCUACAAAGUCGUCUGGAUCGAGAAGAACUCGCAUCUGAAUUUCGUGUUCGCGUUCCCUCGCUUCUCGGUUGUGUCUGGAUACGAGGAGCGCGCGUUUAUCCCGUAUGAGGGUGUGGAGAAUGUCGCGCCGAGGGGUAUCUUGACACGCAUCCAGGAUCGAGCUGUGGAGGUUUGCGAUGGGUAUGUGAAGCUGGCUAGCGGGGAGUCCGUUGAGUACGCGUACCUGGCUAUUGCGACUGGUGCGACGCGCGCGCUUCCGGGUCAGGUUGUAGCUACUGAGCGUGCAGAUGGCGCUGAGGAGUUGAGAGGUGUUCAGGGUCUUAUCAAGGAGAGUCAGAGGAUUGCUGUUGUUGGGGCCGGUGCGGUGGGCGUGGAACUUGCAUCGGAUAUCAAGGAUGUUUUUCCCGACAAGGAGGUUACCCUUGUUCAUUCGCGGGACGGAGUCCUGAAUCGGUUCGGGAGGCGCUUGCAGGAGUAUACUCUCUCUGCGUUAAGAGAUGUGCUUAAAGUCCGGGUGCUGCUUAAUGAGCGGCCCAAAUUACCAGAGGGGGAGGCGCUGGUCAAGUCGGCUACUCUGCAGUUUUCAGACGGACAUGAGGAAGAGUUUGAUCUUAUUAUCCGCUGCACAGGCCAAACCCCCAACUCAUCCAUGCUGGCCCCUCUAUACCCAACCGCCAUCUCCCCAUCCACAUCACAAAUCCUCGUGAAACCGACCUUCCAAAUCGACCCCCCUACCUCAAACUCCAGUCAAAAGCCCACAUCCGAUCCCCGUAUCUUCGCCUUCGGCGACGUAGCCGCACACCCAGGCCCCCUCAUGGCGCGCGCAGGAUUCAUCCAAUCCGAAACGGUGGCUGCGAAUAUCCUCUCCCUCGUCAAGGGGCAGGAAGCGAAGGCGGUUUACACGCCGAAUAUGUUUGUUGAGGGGUCGAUUAAGUUGACCCUGGGCAAGAAGCGGAGUCUCAUUUAUUCGAGUGAUACGGAUGGAACGGAGGUGUUGAUUGAGAUGGGGGGUGCGCCGGAGGAUAUGGAUGUUGGUAGGGCUUGGAGUCAGUUUGGAGGGAUUAAGGAGGGACAAGAGAAAGGGAAGGUUAAGGGCAAUUAG